AUUGACUUGCGGAUAGUAGUGACGAUUCCUGACUGCCGCAGUACAAGUGGGCAGCAGUACAUAGGUCACAGCACAGGACAGGUAGCAAGGCCAAAGAAGUCUCAUAGCACGGACUAGUUACACCUCUUUGAACAUUGCAAAAGUCGGAAAUUCGGGAAGGACUCGCCCGGUUCACUAAACGACAGGGACUCCGGCGCCGGGCAGGCCUGAUCCACCGCCUUAACCUAACAACAUGCACCCAUCUACUUAAGCCAAGAUAUAUAGGCUAUGGCGUCGGCGCGGCUACGACUGACGCUGCUGCUUGCAGCAUUGCUCGCGGCACAGGUUUCCCUCGCAAUCAGCACUGGCGCAACUGGUGAGUCAAGCAAUAAAAUAACAAGAAUUCCGAUGUGCCGUUAGUUUAUCCUAAUGUUUGGGGUUGUUGUUGAAGCGUCCGCAUUUUUCCUACCUCUCCUGCGGAGCCGGCACUCAUUUUCUUUGUUUGUAAUGAAAAAUGGGUGACUUUAGUGAGACUAAGUUAGGCUGUUGACUUGUUAGGACAAACAACGGAUAUGGCGGAUAAUCUGGCUGGUAGGAACGUCGGGAAGGCAGUCCGCGCGUAUGCACCCACCUUCAUGUAUCUGCUUGUCCUCAUUGCAUCGGUUACUUGUGGCUCGUGGGGCAGGGAAAGCAUCCUACCGUAUUGGCGUCCGCAAAUACCCAUUUAGCUGACCGUGAUGUGACCUCUAAGGAACAUACUUACGGGUCGAGUACCUUUCCUGCUCUGGCUAAUGUCUAUAUUCACAAACCAAGCGCACCAAAACAUGCCUUCCUAGAUACACCCGUCAGAAACAGCAACAUAUGCGGUGUGUUUUUGCCGCUAAGGAUGAAAUGCGGAACAUUUUACUUCCCGUCGGGAAUGCCAGGAACUUCCUACAGUGGUUUUGUGUUGUAAAGCUUGCAUGCCCAUAGCGUUUUACUGCUUCUCCUGUCAGUUUCUGACGGCCCUUUCCUCUUCCCAUCCGCAAUGUAGGCAUCGUGGUCUCAACCUAUGGUGGCACUGCUCCCCAGGUUUCCCAAGGGACUGACAGCUCCGCGCCGCCACCGGGCUAUUCCUUCGAUUCGCCUCCUCCUCCACCCCCUCCACCGCCACCACCUCCGCCUCCUCCUCCUCCGCCGCCGCCCCCACCACCCCCGCCGCCGCCCCCACCACCCCCGGGCUAUUCCUUUGAUUCGCCACCUCCUCCACCCCCUCCGCCGCCGCCACCUCCGCCUCCUCCUCCUCCGCCGCCGCCACCCCCGCCGCCGCCCCCACCACCCCCGGGCUAUUCCUUUGAUUCGCCACCUCCUCCACCCCCUCCGCCGCCGCCACCUCCGCCUCCUCCUCCGCCGCCGCCGCCACCCCCGCCGCCGCCUCCACCACCCCCGGGCUAUUCCUUCGAUUGGCCUCCUCCCCCACCCCCUCCGCCGCCACCACCUCCGCCUCCUCCGCCGCCGCCGCCGCCACCCCCGCCGCCUCCUCCACCACCCCCGGGCUAUUCCUUCAAUUCGCCACCUCCUCCACCCCCUCCACCGCCGCCACCUCCGCCUCCUCCUCCUCCGCCGCCACCACCCCCGCCGCCGCCCCCACCACCCCCGGGCUAUUCCUUCGAUUCGCCUCCUCCUCCACCCCCUCCGCCGCCGCCGCCACCUCCUCCACCACCACCACCACCCCCGGGAUAUUCCUUGGAUUCGCCUCCUCCCCCACCCCCUCCACCGCCGCCACCUCCGCCUCCUCCGCCGCCGCCGCCGCCACCUCCUCCACCACCACCACCACUCCCGGGAUAUUCCUUGGAUUCGCCUCCUCCCCCACCCCCUCCACCGCCGCCACCUCCGCCUCCUCCGCCGCCGCCACCGCCACCCCCGCCGCCGCCUCCACCACCCCCGGGCUAUUCCUUCGAUUCGCCACCUCCUCCACCCCCUCCGCCGCCGCCACCUCCGCCUCCUCCUCCUCCACCGCCGCCACCCCCGCCGCCGCCUCCACCACCCACGGGAUAUUCCUUGGAUUCGCCUCCUCCUCCACCACCACCACCACCCCCGGGAUAUUCCUUGGAUUCGCCUCCUCCCCCACCCCCUCCACCGCCUCCACCUCCGCCUCCUCCUCCACCGCCGCCGCCACCCCCGCCGCCGCCUCCACCACCCCCGGGCUAUUCCUUCGAUUCGCCACCUCCUCCACCACCUCCGCCGCCACCACCUCCGCCUCCUCCUCCGCCGCCACCGCCACCCCCGCCGCCGCCUCCACCACCCCCGGGCUAUUCCUUCGAUUCGCCACCUCCUCCACCCCCUCCGCCGCCACCACCUCCGCCUCCUCCUCCGCCACCGCCGCCACCCCCGCCGCCGCCUCCACCACCCCCGGGAAAUUCCUUGGAUUCGCCUCCUCCUCCACCCCCUCCGCCGCCGCCACCUCCGCCUCCUCCUCCGCCGCCGCCGCCACCCCCGCCGCCGCCUCCACCACCCCCGGGCUAUUCCUUAGAUUCGCCACCUCCUCCACCCCCUCCGCCGCCACCACCUCCGCCUCCUCCUCCUCCUCCGCCGCCACCCCCGCCGCCGCCUCCACCACCCCCGGGCUAUUCCUUCGAUUCGCCACCUCCUCCACCCCCUCCGCCGCCGCCACCUCCGCCUCCUCCUCCGCCGCCGCCGCCACCCCCGCCGCCGCCUCCACCACCCCCGGGCUAUUCCUUCGAUUCGCCACCUCCUCCACCCCCUCCGCCGCCACCACCUCCGCCUCCUCCUCCGCCGCCGCCGCCACCCCCGCCGCCGCCUCCACCACCCCCGGGCUAUUCCUUCGAUUCGCCACCUCCUCCACCCCCUCCACCGCCACCACCUCCGCCCCCGCCCCCACCACCUCCUGGCUAUUCGGCAGAUUCUCCUCCCCCUCCACCUCCUCCACCACCUCCCC